UAAAAAUAAUACUGAAUCGAAGUUAAUAUCAACUCACAUUGUAGUGCCACUUUUUUGGAGGGGGGGGUCCUCCAAUUUGCACUGUAUCAAUAUUAAUUUUAUUUACACUAGUACUGAAGCUUAUCACACAUUUGCCAGGUAGUCAGUAAUAAAUAUAUUAGGUGAAAGGUUAAAAUUCUUAAAACUACUGGUGAAAUAAGGGGGGGGGGGUGAACUAAUACUAUUUCCUGCAAAACACUAUGAAAUAGUUGCGCGUUAUUUCGACAAUAUUUUUAUGUAUUGAAAUGGUGCCACCCUGUAUAAAAUUAAUGCAGGCAAAUAUUGCACUUCAAUAAAUUUAUUAAUUCUAUUUCAAGUUGAACAUAUACAUGUAAAUUCACAUCCCUAGAUUAAAUCAUUAAAAGGUUCAUUCUAUUUUUUCAAUGUAGGUCGUGAUUCUUUGUGGUAUGAAUGUACAUAUAAUGAGAUGCAGGCAUAUAUUGGGAUUCUGAUCAUGAUGGGUAUAAACAAGAUUCCCGAUUACAAGUUGUACUGGAGUCAUAAUAAAUUUUUAAGGAAUGCUGGCUUCCAGGAAGUAAUGCCCUUAAAACGUUACGAAAAAAUAACUCAGUAUUUGCACUGCAGCGCAGAGAACACGGAGGAUACGCUUUAUAAAAUUCGCCCUAUUCUGGAUAUUGUUUCAAAAAACAUGUCUGAAUCCUACAACCCCCGGAAACAGCAAACCAUAGAUGAAGGCAUGAUAGCAUAUAAAGGAAGACAUAAGGCCAAACAGUAUAUACCCUCUAAACCCACUAAAUGGGGAUUAAAAGUUUGGCUCCGGUGUGACAGUUUGUCUGGAUUUUGCCAUCAGCUUGACCUGUAUCUCGGAAGGGACCAAUACAAGGGUGUUCCUGUUGGCCAGACAGUAGUCUUUAAACUUACGGAGGAAUUACAGGGCAAAAACCAUCACGUUUUCUUUGACAGCUUUUUUACUUCCGUCGAACUAGCAAAGGGUCUACUCGCCAGAAAGAUCUUCUGUUGUGGAACUAUUGUGAGGAAUAGAAAGGGAUUCCCUAGCGACCUGAAGUCAGUGACGCCAAAGUUCCAAGGAGAUUACGUAACACGACAAGAUGGCCAAUUAACAGCUACUGUGUGGAUGGAUAACCGACCCGUGUCAGUUUUGUCAACAAUGACAUCGCCGCUUGAGAUGGCUACUAAUGUAUCCAGGCGACUGAAAGAUGGUACAGCUGUAUCCGUCCCCAGACCACAAAGUAUCGGGCAUUAUCAAUCAUAUUUUAGGGGAGUUGAUUUAUUUGAUCAAUUGCGUUCGAAAUAUCCAGUCGGCAGGGCAAGCAAAAAGUGGUGGAAAUAUGUACUUCACUUUCUUAUCAACACUGCUAUCAUUAAUGCCUAUAUUCUUAUGAAAGAAAGUCGACCCCAGCUUCCUAAGAAGAAAUACCGACAGCUGGACUUUAGAAUCUCGCUAGCUCAGCAUUUGAUUGGAUCUUUCAGGACACCACUAAGGGCAGCAGGGAGACGCACCUUAAACACGCCGACAUGUCACAGUUUCUCAAAACUAGUGAAGAAAAGAUCCUAUUGCAAACAAUGCUCAAAGUCGACACCAAGAAAAAGGAAGGAUACUGCAUAUGGUUGCAGUCUUUGCGAUACCCAUUUGUGCGGAAAACAAUGUUUCUCAUUGUUUCAUGGGUUCUUAUCAAUAGAGGAAUAACUCAAAGUGUUCAAAUGAAUACAGUUAUUGGGUUGGGGUGAUAUGUGCUGUAUAGAACCCUAGUUAUCGGAUUGUGUGGCAAUAUUCAAAAUUAUAAUGACACAGUUUUUUUAAUGAAAUGUGACUGAUAUCAUGCGAAUUGUGAAAAUAUUUCAGUUAUAUAGUGUGUUCACAAUCCUUUAUAUUCUGUACCUUAGAUUCAAUGUAUUGAUAAAUAAUUUUAAUGGUCUAAAAAUGUUUUCAACUUGUGUCAAUUUUAAACAAGUUU